AUGAAUACUCCUGUAGUAGACGGUAGGAGUGUUAAUCCUCUCUAUCUUAACGAACGGAAUAUUCACCUGCAACGAGACCCGAAUGAUCUGAAAUUCGGUUUUUAUCUUCGAGUUAAGAAUGGCAAAUAUUAUAUACACACAACUGAACCAAAUUCGCCUGCUGAACGUGGUGGUUUACACCCAAAUGAUGCUAUUAAAACAAUAAACGAGCAUCCGACAGAUCAAAUGCCUAUUUAUGAUCUUAUCAAACUUAUUCAAAACAGUAAUGAUCUCAUAUUCACCGUUCAACAGAACGUUACUCCUUCAGCUUGUGAUAUUAGUGGUGGGGAGAAUCAGAAAGGUGAACAAAAACUACAUCCUUCAUGUAACUUUCUGUCGAGUGAAAGAACGAGCGCUACAAACGCUAAUUUACAUCAUGAAAAAGUCUUAAAUGGAGUCAGAAGACGAUUAUUGAAAUUAUUAAAUAGAUAAGACGUAAGCUAAUUUAAGACGAAUUCUUUAAUUGGAUUUAAAAGUACAGACAAGUCGAUAUCACGAAAACUUUUAGUGCUUAUAUCCGUCGGUACAUUUUAUUUUUAUUGUAAUUUAUUCAUUCCAGCAUAUCUAUCGAAUUUUAAGGAAGUGCUUCAUUGGGUUUUAAGCUUCAUUUAGGGAAGCCGUCAAAAAACGCAUCGGUGAAACAGGUUUCUUUUAGUUUUUAAGAAAUAGAGCUGUCAGUAUCAUAGAUAAAAGUUAGUAAAAUAGAUCCAUUUCAAUUUAAUAGUGAUUUUAACAUACAUUUUACUAACUUUAUUCUGUAAUAUUGAGAUCUCUAUAUGCCAAAAAAUUAAAGAGAGCUUUUUCUAAAAAAAUAGCAUAGUAUAAAGUACGAGUUGUGUACUACAAACUGCCAGAAAAGCUGAGGAAUGGUACCGUCAAAUUUGUUAACUUUUUAAUCCGGGAAGUUGCCAGAAUAAACACUAAUUUCAUAGUAAAGGGAAUCUUUCUUUUUGAUAAAACGAUAAAAUUUGUUCUUUUCUCCAUUUCUUGCUUUAUAUCUCUCUCUGUAGUGUGCAUAGAAAGAAAAAAAACAUCCAGUCCAGUAUAGUACAGAAAAGAAUAUAUACAUACAUCGUCAUUCUGUUAUACGAUAGUUCCAUAUUCUUUUUCUCAGGCAUAUUGAAUAAUACUGUUCUCCGAGAACAGUAUAUAUUUUCACCGGUAAUUUGAUUGGAAACAAAGUUGAAUUUUGUUUCCAAUCAAAUUACCGGUGAAAAUAUCACCGAUGCGACUUUUGACGGCUUCCCUUAAGACAUUUUCCGUAAUACGGCAAAAAUCAGACUGAGAAGAGUUAUUUUCGGAUAUGAGACGUCAUUUCUAUUUUUGCCGUUUACCGGUUAGAAAUAUAUAUUCUCGUGAUAUUAGUUUAUUGGUUUUCGUUAACUUCGACCAAUUUUGCUGGUAGUGAUGGAAGAGUUAGAGCUGUUGCAACACAGCGUCACUAAUGAAUGCUCAUUUUAAAAUUUCAGAUACAAACUUACGUUUGAGGUAUAAAGGUUCUGAGCUUUUUAAUUCAUAUUAGUAUUUGUUCUAUUUAUUUAUUAAAUAGAUAGUAGGCAACGUUUCGACGUUUUACAUUCCUUCUUCAGGUCCCAACAAAAACUUUAACGACCUAUGCAUCAACAAACAAAUUUGAAACGAAAACUCAGUUUAAAUGGUGUAGAAACUAAUUAAAAACAUAAUAACUAAAGUUAUUUUUAAUUAGACAAACAUCAUACUAAAAUUAGUUACUUUUUCCUCUCCUGUUUUCUUAAAUUGUAUAAUAUGUAUUUUCUUUCUAAUACUCCAUGUUUUAUCAAGAUUUCUAUCUGUUGUGUAUUCUUUUUCAUCUUUUGGUUGUUCUUCUUUUACGUAUCUUAUAUCGUUAUCUUUUUUAAUCCAUUUUUCUAUUUUUGGUCUCCAUUUAUGACUAAUAAUUAUUCUUUUAUUGUAUGAUUUAUUGAUUAACGAAUAUGCAGUCUCUAUUCUUCUCCUUUUAAAGGCAUUUAUUUUGUUAUAAAAAAUAACAUUCUCGUCAAAUUGAACUUGAUUAAUUUUACAAGAAGCUCAAUGUUUUGGUAUCUCUGAAACGUCAAAUUUGUCCCUCUUAACACAUCUUUCUUAUUGUUUUAAUCAUUUAUCGACUCACUCACUCUCACUGACUUACACCGAACCGUACUGAAAUUUUUAUCCAAUUUGGUUCAGCGCGGAGCAAGCACCAAAUUUUCUAAUGCUUCAAGCUGUUUUCUAGAUAGGAGGCUUACACAUAUAGGAACACCCUACCUGAGCCGACGGGUCGGUGUAAAGAAACCAGCUAUGUAGUCGUGAUCUCUAUGGUUUGAACCCUUUGUUCAUUUAAUAGGAAUGCCACCUUUUUCCAUAAAAUUUAGACGGUUGUGAUCCUACCCAGGCCGUGAAAAAUGAGAUAAAAAAUGAGCCAUGAAUGACUCAUUUAUGUGCCAUAUAUGGCUCAUUUUUAAAUCAUAUCUCUCCCAUAUUUAUCUCAUUUAUUGUAUCAUAAUGUAGUCA